AUGAACAAUUAUACUAUAAAAUCUAUAUCUGUCCCACUUAGCUCAAGCGAAAUGAAGAUCACUGAAGGAAAGCUCAAUAAUAUCGAUGCUCACAUUAAACAGCUUGAGAAAAAACUUGUUGAUAAAACCUCGAAAUUGGCCAAUGAUUUGAACAAUCUUAAGAAAUAUUGUUUAGACAGUGGGGGUGACUAUAAGAACACUCUACGGCAAGAGAACUUAAGUGUCAAGGAGGAAAAUCAAGCUCUAAAGGAUAGUCUAUUUACUGCUACAUCUGCAUUAUCUGACUUAAAUGCAAAAAUUAAAGAGCUCGAGAAUGAAAAUGUCAAUUUAACGACGACCUUGAAAAUAUGUUAUGACGAUUUCCACCAAGCCCAUAAGACUUGCCUUAAACAGCAAGGCCCGGUUUCAAGCGUUGAAAUAAUUACACAAAUGGAAAUCAACAGUAUAAGGCUCAGAUUAAUCAGGUUGAGAAAGGCAACCUGA